AUGGUGUCCCAAGAAUAUGAGCCUAUCCAACGGAGCAAUGAAUUCCAAACAGACAGUAAUACCACCAAGCCUGCAUAUGAUGACGAAAAUAGCAGACAUGAGUUGCCUCGCCGCACAACGUUGCGGCCAGACUCCACAUCCUGGAGUAUAAUCGGAACAUUGAGAAAGUACGCAAAGUUCAUUGGACCUGGUUUAAUGGUCUCUGUAUCAUAUAUGGACCCUGGUAACUAUAGUACGGCUGUGGCAGCAGGUUCUGCUCAUCGGUACAAGCUUUUAUUUUCGGUCCUAGUUUCUAAUUUCAUGGCAGCAUUUUGGCAGUACCUUUGCGCCAGGUUAGGCGCCGUAACGGGUCUAGAUUUGGCUCAAAAUUGUAAGAAACAUCUGCCUUCUGGACUCAACAUUUCCCUUUACAUCCUUGCCGAAAUGGCCAUUAUUGCGACGGAUUUGGCAGAAGUGGUGGGAACUGCCAUUUCGUUGAAUAUACUUUUCCACAUACCACUCGCCUUGGGUGUCAUUCUUACUGUGGUGGACGUCUUGAUUGUUCUGCUCGCCUACAAGCCUAAUGGAUCUAUGAAAGGUAUCAGAAUAUUUGAGGCGUUUGUUUCCUUAUUAGUGGUUCUUACCGUAGUCUGCUUUACGGUGGAAUUAUUUUACGCUAAAUUGGGUCCUGCCAAGGAAAUAUUUUCUGGAUUUCUGCCCAGUAAAGCUGUUUUCGAAGGCGACGGUCUGUACUUAAGUUUGGCAAUUUUAGGUGCCACAGUGAUGCCUCAUUCAUUGUAUUUGGGGUCGGGCGUGGUUCAACCGAGAUUAAGAGAGUACGAUAUCAAAAAUGGGCAUUACUUACCUGGCGUGGAUGAUAUGGACAACAAUCAUCAUAAUUAUAGACCAUCUUAUGAGGCGAUUAGCGAAACUUUACAUUAUACUAUUACAGAAUUGUUGGUUUCGUUGUUUACGGUGGCAUUGUUUGUAAACUGUGCCAUUCUUAUAGUCUCUGGGGCUACAUUAUACGGAUCUACUCAAAACGCUGAAGAAGCUGAUUUAUUUUCCAUCUACAACCUGCUGUGUAGCACUCUUUCCAAGGGCGCAGGUACCGUGUUCGUGCUAGCAUUGUUGUUUUCAGGACAAAGUGCCGGUAUUGUCUGUACAUUAAGUGGACAAAUGGUUAGUGAAGGGUUCCUAAACUGGACUGUUUCUCCAGCAUUGAGAAGGUCCGCUACGAGAGCGGUAGCCAUCACGCCCUGUUUGAUUUUAGUCCUUGUGGCCGGACGAAGUGGUCUCUCUGGGGCUUUAAACGCCUCGCAAGUGGUGCUUUCUCUGUUGUUACCCUUCGUAUCUGCACCAUUGCUCUAUUUCACUUCGAGCAAGAAGAUUAUGCGCGUACAGCUCAAUCGUAGCAAAGUACCCUCAAGAACUACAGACAAGCAAUAUGUGGGCGACCGUGGUGAGGAAGAUGAAACUAUCGAACUGGAAGAAAUGGGAAUGGGUGGCAGCAGUACCCAGGAACGCGGCCUAGUCUCUCCUGUCCCAGAAUACGAAGACAUGAGCAAUGGAAUAAUCGUGACGGUGCUUGCAGUCAUAGUGUGGCUGAUCAUUUCAGGGCUGAACUUCUACAUGCUAAUCGGUUUCACUACUGGCAAGGACGUUCACCUCUAA